AUCAGAUCUGCAGGGAACAACAGGUUCAUGCAAAAACUCAGAGGACAAGCCUCCCCCAAGCCUCCUCAGACACACCCUCCUCCUCCUCCUCCUCCUCCUCCUCCUCCUCCUCUUUUGGGACAUCCCAGGGUAUAAAAGGGACCAGCUCUCUUCACAGCAGAUACAACUGACCCAGAAGGAGAAACAGCUCUCAACUCUUCUGAAAACAGCCAACAGAGACACCUCAACUGAUGAGGCCAAGCUAAAGCCUCUCUGCUCCAAACUAACUACUGAAGGCCGGUCCACUCCUAGACUUCCUCUUGUCUUUCUCCGUCCAUCGGCUCGCUCUCCAGACUCCUCCGCCAUGCCUCCUCAGCUUCCGUCCCAGAAACAGAGCGGUCCCCGGAUCCUUCAGGGCGAUCUGAGUGCCCUGAGCCCGGCCAUCAAGGAGUUUGUGGAUGCCAACGUGAGUCUGUGCCAGCCCGACUCCCUCCACAUCUGCGACGGCUCUGACGAGGAGAACCGUGCCAUCCUGACUCAGCUGGAGGAGCAGGGGAUGAUCAAGAAGCUUACCAAAUAUGAGAACUGCUGGUUGGCCAGGACUGACCCGAGAGACGUGGCUCGUGUGGAGAGUAAGACAGUGAUUGUGACUCGGGACCAGAGGGACACGGUGCCCACGCCGCUGGGGGGCGGAGUCAGCCAGCUGGGCCGCUGGAUGUCCCCGGAAGAAUUCGACAAGGCGAUGGAUCAGCGGUUCCCUGGCUGCAUGAAAGGCCGUACCAUGUAUGUGAUUCCCUUCAGCAUGGGUCCGGUUGGUUCCCCGCUGUCUAAGAUCGGAGUGGAGCUGACGGACUCUCCCUACGUGGUGGCCAGUAUGAGGGUGAUGACCCGUAUGGGGACGGCUGUGCUGUCCGCUCUGGGGACAGGAGAGUUUGUCCGCUGCCUGCACUCCGUCGGCUGUCCUCUGCCGGUCAAAAAGCCGUUGGUGAACAACUGGCCCUGUAACCCCGAGCAGACGUUAGUCGCCCACAUCCCGGACCGCCGACAGAUCGUGUCAUUCGGUAGUGGUUACGGAGGAAACUCCCUGCUGGGGAAGAAGUGCUUCGCUUUGCGCAUUGCCUCACGUAUCGCCAAAGAGGAGGGUUGGCUGGCAGAGCACAUGCUGAUCCUGGGUGUCACCAACCCUGCUGGGGAGAAGAAGUACAUGGCAGCAGCCUUCCCCAGUGCCUGCGGGAAGACAAACCUGGCCAUGCUCUGUCCCACGCUGCCCGGCUGGAAGGUCGAGUGCGUGGGAGACGACAUUGCCUGGAUGAAGUUUGACAACCAAGGCAACCUGCGUGCAAUCAACCCUGAGAAUGGCUUUUUCGGAGUUGCGCCCGGCACCUCAGUCAACACCAACCCCAACGCCAUGGAGACAAUCAUCAAGAACACCAUUUUCACCAACGUUGCAGAGACCAGUGACGGCGGUGUGUACUGGGAGGGAAUGGACCAAUCGCUGCCCGACGGGGUCACCAUCACCUCGUGGAAGAACAAACCCUGGAGCUCGCAGGAUGUCGAACCCUGUGCUCACCCCAACUCUCGUUUCUGCACUCCGGCCGGGCAGUGUCCCAUCAUCGAUCCACUGUGGGAAUCCCCAGAGGGAGUCCCCAUCGAGGCCAUUAUAUUCGGAGGCCGCAGGCCAGAAGGUGUCCCUCUGGUAUACGAGGCUUUCAGCUGGCAACACGGCGUGUUUGUUGGAGCAGCCAUGAGGUCGGAGGCCACCGCUGCAGCUGAACACAAAGGCAAGAUGAUCAUGCACGACCCCUUCGCCAUGCGCCCCUUCUUCGGCUACAACUUCGGCCAGUACCUCUCUCACUGGCUGAGUAUGGCCGAGCGCCCCGGUGCAAAGCUCCCCAAGAUCUUUCACGUCAACUGGUUCCGCAAGAGCCCCACCGCCGGAUUCCUAUGGCCCGGUUUCGGCGACAACAUCCGCGUGCUGGACUGGAUGUUCAGGCGGGUGAAUGGCGAGGCCGGCGCCAUGCCUUCUGCCGUGGGCUACCUGCCAUACGGUGAUUCCCUGAACCUGCAGGGUCUGCAGGGGGACGUGGACCUCCCCGAGCUGUUCUCCCUGGAUCAGGAGUUCUGGCAGAGGGAGGUGGAGGAGGUGAGGAAGUACCUUACCGUGCAGGUGAACGACGACCUGCCCAACGAGGUGGCCAGGCAGCUGGAGCUCCUGCAGCAGAGAGUGAAUCAGAUGUGAAGAGGCGUUAAAAAGAUAUACUGAAGAACUCUGACUUUCAUAAAUAAUUUCUUUCUGAGAGGUGGAGCCUCACAACUUCACGAAAGAGGAACGAUUCUCCUCUGAUAAUUCAUUUGUUUUUUCAUUAGCUAGAAAUCCUCACCCCCUUUUUUCCCAGAUGAUUAAUCUGAAAAUGCUUCUGCUAAAAUUGGGCUGGCGAUGAUGAAAUGAAUUAUAUGAACUUGUAGAAAUUGUAGAGUUAACAAACAUUCCUCUUGGUACCAAGUCACGACUGCUGAUCUGAAGAGGAGAUGUUUCCUUUUCAUCCAUUCACGUGCUGUCGUAACAGCACUACGUUUGAAACUGUUGUUCUGUAAACUGUACGUCUGAAUUCUGCUAUUUAAUAGUAAAUUAUUAUGAACACACUUCAUACUGUCAUUGCCAAAAGAAUGGCACAGAAAGAGUAAAUGAGUCCAGGUCAGCUCCAGUGUUGUUUGACCCCCCUGCACACAGGGGAGAUAUAUGUUUCUGUUCCUGUCUUUAUUUUUUUGUCUUAAUUUAUUUUUAUACAUUGUUGGCAUCUCUUGGUUCUGUUUAGUUGAAAUCUUGAGCGCCCAAAGAUGGGCGAGAAUAAUAAAAGUAUUUUCAAGGAU